UUGGCCCACGGGCCGCUAGUUGAAUAGGCCUGGCAUACAUCAUUAACAGGAUUUAGCGUUCAUCUGCAGGCUAGACGUGGAUGUGGCAGAAACUCGUCUUCAGUGUUCAUCUAUCAUGGAGCCAUCGGCUUGGAGGGACGCCUCAACAAGAAAUCUGACCCAUGAUUCGGACUCAGUUAACCAGACCUACUUCUCCUGCUACCACCCCCUGGUGGUGGAAUACCGCUACUUUGCCGUGCUGUGGGGGUGCCUGGUCACGAUCACUGGCACCGUGGGGAACCUGAUGACUGUCCUGGCCUUCGCCACUGACCCGUGCGUCCGGACCCGCUUCAACGUGCUGAUCGUCAACCUGGCGCUGGCCGACCUGCUGUACUGCGCACUGCUGCAGCCCGUCGCCACCGACUCCUUCCUGCACCUGCGGUGGCGAGGCGGCGCGCUGGGCUGCCGGGCCUUCGGCCUGCUCCUCUUCGUCUCAAACGCCGUGUCCGUCCUCACGCUCUGCCUGAUCGCCGUGAGCCGCUAUCUCCUGGUGCAGCGGAGGUCCACCUUCGAGCGGCUCUUCUCCGCCCGCGGCCUGCUGCUCCUGCUGCCCUCCACCUGGGCCCUGGGCCUGGCCAGCUUCGGCCCGCUCUGGCCCGUGUACGUCUUCGUGCCUCAGGUCUGCACCUGCAGCUUCCACCGGACGCGGGGCCGCCCCUACACCACCAUCCUUUUCGUCCUCUACUUCUUCACGGGGCUGUUCUGCGUGAGCGUCUUCUACCUGCUGAUCCACCGGAGGGUCCGCCUGGCGGCCUGGGCCGUCCUCCGCCACCGGCCCAGCCGACGCUCCUCCAGGAAGAGGGUCGCUCCGGCGGCCGGGACGGAGGACGACAGCGGCGUCAGCAGCGGGGGGGCCCCCACGUGCACCAGUGAGGUCGACAGCCAGGGGGAACCGCCCGCACACAGGGCCGGAGCCACGUGGUACGAGGAGCCGGGGGAACCACAGCCGACUCGCUCUGUCCUGGACUCGCACACGGCCAGGGCAAGGGCCUCCCCAGAGGAGUCGGCCACAACCCCGUCAGCCACCACCCCUCCGGCUUUGACCCCACCAUCUACGACCCCGCCACCAACGUCCCUUCCGUCCACCUCCCCUCCAUCUAAGACCCCUCCGUCCACCUCCCCUCCGUCUACGACCCCUCCAUCCACGACCCCCCCCCAUGCGACCCAGAGCUCCGGGGGCGACGAGUUAAAGCGGUUGACCCGAAUGUGUUUCGCCGUCUUCCUGUGUUAUCUGUUCAGCUUCGUCCCGUUCCUGCUGCUGAACCUGGCCGACCAGAGGGUCCGCGCUCCGCAGAUCCUCUACAUGUUCUGCGCCAACCUGACCUGGCUCAACAGCUGCAUCAACCCGCUGCUCUACGCAGUGAUGAACCCCCAGUUCCGCCGGUCGUACCACCUGCUGCUCACCAGGGCCUUCUCGCCCCUGGGCCGUCUCUGGAGGGCCCUGAGGAACAGGUCGGCCUCCUGCCAGUCCUCCACGACAGACCGCUGAAGACAGACCGCUACAGACGACCUCGCCUUUUAAUGGUGCAGCUCUGCCGUAUCAUCUCCACAGUUCUCGUUUCCUGCUGCUUGACCACUAACUGCUACUGCUUCUCCUGCCAAAGUAGCCUAAAGGGAAGGAGCUAACGUUAUGGAACACACCCAUAGGCGUUCCUAAAGGGCCAAACUCCAGGAGCCGGUCAAUGCAAU